UGGGCCCCAGGGGGAUUACAGAUGAGGUUCAAAAUUUUCGCCGGCUGCGCGGUUCUAACUUGGCAAUCUGCCCACCAUAUUCGAAUCCAUUGGGCCAUAACCAGAUUUUAUUCUCCUGAUUCAGAGCCAAUCCUCUGCAACUCGAAGGCACCAGACGACGCACACAAAUAUCCGAUGCCCAAAUAGAACCAGAUUUUAAUUUCUCGUAAGAUCAAUCGUCGAGCUGAGAACCAAACGACUCCAUGGCGACCGCUUCGCUACUCGAAGCGAUUUCAUUAGUCCGAGAUUCGAAGCUGCCGUCUCUAAAAUGGAAUCCAUUGUUGCAGGGAUUCCCAUCACAGAUUCCUCUUCGGUCGACGAAGAAUAGCAAGCAUCUUAUCAGUACCGCCAGAUUUGGCAGAACCUCUAGAUUUAGCGCAAGAUGUUUCUUGGACUCGAAGAAAUGCACCACAGGGUCCGCGGAUAACGAGAGAAAUCGGAAUCUGUUCGAAGGAGUGGUAGAGGCAAUAUUGAAGGCCCUAAAGACGUUGCAGAAACCGGCAAUUGCUGCUGUUUUAUUAGGUUUUCUGCUUACAUACGAUCCUCAUUCGGCGUUAGCGGCUUCAGGGGGAAGGAUGGGUGGACGGGCGUUCUCAUCGCAUUCAUCGUCGUCGUAUUCGUCGAGGAGCUAUUCGUCUCGGACAGCGAGCCCUAGUUUUUCGUAUUCGAUGCCGUAUUACGCACCGUCCCCGUUUGGAUUUAGCGGUGGCGGCGGGUUUUAUGUAGGCCCGGCGUUUGGAGUGGGCGUGGGUGCGGGAUCGAGUUUCUUGUUGAUUAUGGCGGGUUUUGCAGCAUUCAUUUUGGUGUCGGGUUUCCUUUCGGAUAGGUCAGAGGGAAGCGUUCUCACGGAUACACAGAAGACAAGUGUUCUCAAGCUUCAGGUUGGGUUACUGGGCAUGGCAAGGUCACUUCAAAGAGAUCUUGAUCGGAUUGCCCAAAAUGCAGACACGUCUACCUCGGAGGGUUUGAGUUAUGUAUUGACAGAAACCACGUUAGCCUUGCUUCGGCAUCCAGAUUGUUGCAUCUCCGGUUAUUCAUCUGUGGAUGUGAAGCGAAGCAUGGAGGAUGGGGAGAAACGGUUCAAUCAACUUUCCAUUGAAGAGAGGGGGAAAUUUGAUGAGGAGACCCUUGUUAAUGUCAACAACAUUAGAAGGCAAAGCACAACCACCCAGAGGGCCAAUGGAUUCAGCAACGAGUACAUAGUGAUUACAAUCUUGGUUGCAGCUGAAGGAGUACACAAAUUACCUGCCAUCAAUGGGAGUGCAGACUUAAAGGAGGCCUUACAAAAGCUGGGUUCUAUCCCCUCCCGCAAAACUCUGGCAGUUGAGGUAUUAUGGACUCCUCAGAACGAAAAUGAUACAUUAUCAGAGAGGGAACUGCUUGAAGAUUAUCCACUUUUGAGGCCCCUGUAACAUUGAAGAACUGGUUUAAAAAUAAGAACUGAUGUAGGAUCUGACUGGUAUAUUUAGAAAGUAGAUGUCUAUAAAAUUAGACAAAUUAUUUCCAUAUAUGAUUAAUUACACGACCAAGCUGUUGUACAGGAUAUCUAAAAUUAUCAAGGAUGCAUUCUAUCAAAAUAAAAAAACAAGGGCUAAUUUCUAGUG